AUGAUCUCUCCAUCAUCAAUACCCACGGUGAUGUGCAUGAUCAAGACAAAAUCAAUGCACAACUCACUGCGAUCACUCAGCAUACCAGAAAUGCCCAACCUCCACUCAUUUCCUACCUUCACAAGCGGAGCCACUGUUAGAAGUUUGCUGAUGUUUCUGACCCCAGCGAAGCUGAAUUUUGCAACUGCAGACCUGCAAAAAGAAUAUCUGGACCCUAGCAAAACUUGGGAGCAACAGAAAGCCUCUGCACAACAGGGUAUGAUUGAGAAGGCAAAAAUUGAAUGUUCAUUUCUCCUGUGUUUCAAUGAUGCAUGGCCUGUGGAGGCUCUUAGCAGAGUGGCCCUCGCAACUACUCAAUCUCAGCUGCAGAGAUCUGCUUCUGCUGUCCAUCAAGUAAACAAAUUGCCCAAACGCACCAGCCACUCCAGACACGAGGUGGCAAGUUCAAGCAAACAUCUAUGUGAUAAAAUCACGUCAGAAUUUGAGGUCAUAAAUAAUAAUAUAGCUAAGUAUAGUUGUAUUGAUAUUAGUUCUCAGAACUCAGAUUGGCCAAUCGCACAAAAGAAAAAGUUAAAGACUGUCCCUAUUAGUAACCAGAAGUCCAGCAAGUCAUAUCAGCAUCAUCACUCCCAGGAAUCAAACAAACUUGUUGAAAAUGAUAACAGACUGUUAAGUGGUAACAUCGCAAAUACCAAUGCGAGUGAUACAGUACAACCCACGCAACCUGCUAUGAAAGACGAUUCACUCAAGGAUCACAAUUUUAGCUGUAGCCAACCAGGUAGUAAUAUGACGCGUAUUAAUGGAUACUUACAGGCCAGAGAGAACACCACCAUAGCACAGUUCAUUGUUAGCUCAUAUUGA